CAUAUUCAUUAUUUUGGGGAUUCCAGUACGCUGGCUGGAAAUCAAAUUCCAAGCUAUUUUGUUUGGGAAGUCCUUUUUACCAUGGGCAUCAUUGGACUGGGUCUCUUGCUCUUCGCUCUUCUAAUUGGAAAUAUGCAAAACUUUCUUCAGGCUCUUGGUCGGAGGAGGUUAGAAAUGUCCCUGAGACGUCGUGACGUUGAGCAGUGGAUGAGCCAUCGACGUUUGUCAGAUGAACUAAGAAGGCAAGUACGACAAGCUGAACGGUACAAUUGGGCUGCCACCAGAGGGGUAAAUGAAGAAGUGCUUUUGGAGAAUUUGCCUGAAGACCUUCAGAGAGAUAUAAGACGCCAUCUCUUCAAAUUUGUGAAGAAAGUUCGGAUUUUUGCUCUGAUGGAUGAACCUGUCUUAGAUGCCAUUCGUGAGAGAGUUAGACAAAAGAUAUACAUUAAAGGAAGCAAAAUUUUGUAUCAAGGUGGUCUGAUUGACAAGAUGGUUUUCAUUGUACGUGGAAAAACAGAGAGCAAGGGAGAAGAUGGGAAUGUGGUUACCUUAUCUGAAGGGGAUGUUUGUGGUGAGGAACUUCUCUCAUGGUGUCUUGAGCAUUCUUCAGUAAAUAAAGAUGGGAGAAAAAGAAGGAUUCCUGGACAGAGAUUGCUUAGCAGCAGGACAGUAAGUUGCUUAACAAAUGUAGAAGCAUUUUCACUCCGAGCUGCAGACCUUGAAGAAGUCACCAGUCUUUUUACAAGAUUCUUGCGGAAUCCACGUGUUCAAGGAGCCAUAAGGUACGAAUCACCCUACUGGAGAUCACGUGCCGCAGUCCUCAUUCAAGUGGCUUGGAGAUACCGGAGGAAACAUCUAAAUCGCGCAGAUACCUCACAAUCUAAUCAGAUGUCAAGUGCGGCGCAUCGCCCAGAUACCUCACAAUCUAAUCAUAUGUCAAGUGUGGCGCAUCAAGGUACUUCUUCAAUGGUCCCCUUCCAUGUUGAUUAUGGCCAUCAUAUGAAGCUAUGAGAUUCACGAGAUUCACAAUAUUACUAAUGGAGCCUUGAAUCAUGACAUACACAAUAUUACUAGUUGUGUAUCCAACUAUUGUAUGAUGACAUUCACAGUUUUGUUGUGUUUCUCCAUGGAGAAACCUUUAGACUAAAUCAAAUACAGAUCAAAAUAAAAAAAAUCUUUUUUUCUUU